AUGGCGACGGAAAGAAUACCCUGGGAUCGCUUCCCUCCCCAGGUUCAGAGUGAGAUUGUUGGUCUGCUGCCAAUUCUCGGCGGGAAGUGCAGUCAACUUGCGACCAUCUCCCGAGCUUGGCGAUCAAUUAUCGAGCCGCUCAACUUUGCCGACAUCAGUCUUACGGUACCACGCCUUACUGACCUUAAUUCUAAAGCUAUUCUGACUAGAAAGAGGAACCAGAUUCGCUAUAUCUGGUUUCGGAUGGAACUGAAGCAGUACGAUUGCACACAAUGUCCGAACGCCGACCAGGAUCAAUGGGGCUUGGACGAAGUUGACAACCAAUUUAUCGUGGACGCGCUCGAAAACUUGUUCACAACACUGAGCGCAUGGGAGACCCGUGGAGACUUGGUCCUCGAUAUCAGCAUCUACUCGCCCAGUGACAACCAGCACUGGUUCAAGUACAUAACCUUCUCCUCAGACACCAACAAAUACGAGCCCUCUCAUCAUGGACAGCAACAAGGAGUCACCGUGAACGACCCAGCUCAUGGCUGGGUUGUCGGUCAGCCUAUCGUUGCUCCGGAUGAACAUGCCAUCGAGCACGUAUUUGACGAGAUCAUGGGUGAGGGACCUUUCCAUGAUGACGAAACAGAGAUGCAGUGGUGGCGGAGUCUCCCCUGUGUGCCUGUCGUUGGAGUCGUGCUCUUCCGUCAACAGACUCGCAGACGAUGGAAGCCACUCGCAAUCUCCAAUAUGCUUACACGGUUCCCAAACAUAAAGGAGGUCUGUUAUGAACCUUGGAGAGAAUUGGGUGGAAUGGAAAAGCAGACCGAUAAAUGGAACCAGAAGCUGAUCGGAAGUCUUCCCCAAAUUGGAUCACUAUGCAAGUUGACAAUAUUCGAGAACUUUGAUGAGUCUUACACGGAAAUAUACCGGACUCCCGCUAUCAGCCUUCCCGCUAUCAGGGUGCCAAGUCAAGAUGUGAGCCUGAAGCUUGCUCGCACGAGCCAACACCUUGAGACGCUAUCAGCCUCGUUUAUGGCCGAUGCCAGAGAAUUCUUCUUGGCGCCCCAGAUUCACGAUUCAUGGACGUGGGAAAAGCUUACUUCACUGACGCUGACUUCAAACGUCCUCACUGAAGAUGCAGACUCAUUGCAUAUCAAUAAAAUGCUUCAGAAUGCUGCCGCCACUGCACUUAGGAUGCCGAGACUUAGGAUAAUGGAGCUUUGGAACGGCAGAAAAGGAGUAGCGAUGCUCUUUCGCUACCAGAGGGCGCGAAAAGACGGACAGCCAGCUAUCAUUGCUACACGGGGGACAUCGGAGCUUGUUCUCGGGACUGGAGUUGUGGAAGCUUGGGAUAUGGUUGCUCACCUGCACAGCCAUAGCAAGGUCGCCAUACAAACCUCUUGGAUCGAUCCAAGUAGGAUUCGAAGCCACGGCGAUGCUAUCUGCCAGCUGGGACUUCUAACUGAGGUCACGAGACCUGUCUCGCUGCGGCAGAUCAUCAACGAAAAUUCGGUUUUGCGCUCGAGACCAUUGCCGCCAGCACCGUCAUUGUCAUCAUACAUCACAUAUCAUGCGAUCAUCGACUCUUGGAACCAACAGGAACAGCAACAACAGUGA